AUGUGGAGGUUUGUCCUGACUGUGAGUCUGCUCUGCUGGAGGUCUGAGGGCACUGUGACCUGCAGAGACAAGAACAAUGGGUCUGUGGACUGGUACAUCAUUUACAAGGCUCCCACACAGACACCGUCUCUUACUGGUUUGGAGUAUCUUUACAUUGACUCAACUGAAAUGACAAAGAUGGUACCCUCAACACCUAACUAUAAGAGCAUCAAAGAUCCGAAUGGCGUCCUGGCAAACACCCUGUGGCCCCUCUUCACUCCAAUCAGGUCAAUGCCGCAGGACUUUGGGUUCAUCAGCUAUAGCGAUCAACCUCCAGGAUGUAAUGCUAACCCCACAAUGUUUGGCCACAGUAAAGGGGUUCUGAUGGUGGACAAAACCGGCACUGGAGUCUGGCUCUUACACAGCACACCACAGUUCCCUUUCAGAAGAGAUCCCACUCAUUUCUGGCCUGACACUGGAGCGAGGAAUGCUCAGACGUUUAUUUGUGUAACAUUCAGCUACGACAAGUUCAGCAUCAUAGCUGGAGAUCUUUACGUAACUAUUGUAAAAGAAGUCAACAGCGAUCUGCAUGUUCAGACCUGGGGCUGCCAGCAAGGCCGUUCUAGAUCCUACUGUGUACCAGGCAAACAUAAAGUGCUAAAUAUUGAAUCUAUAAGAACUGAUUUGGGUGACUGGAAGAUCACACGUGAUCAUUCAAAGUGGUGUGUAGCUAAAGAUCAAAAUAAGCAUUGGACCUGUAUUGCUGAUGUAAACAGGGCGCCAACACAGUACUUAAGACGUGGGGGUGCACUGUGCAUUCAGAAUGAACGAAUACAAAAAAUAUUUCUGCAUUUUGCUGGGACCAGUGAGGGCUGUCCAACUCAGAACAGUAUGGACCUCACAAACUCUGACUGUGAGCCAGACCCUAUCAUUCUUACUGACCAUUUAAUGGGCUAA